UCCGAAUCUCCCGCCGAAAAGUGAACGCCAAGUGUCAGCACCACAGCCGUUGAUCUUACCUGAAGAAAUGGUGAAACCGUCGUCUGAGAAGAACGCUGGCGAUGCUGAAUUCCGGUACAGAGGCGUCAGGAAGAGGAAAUGGGGAAAAUGGGUGUCAGAAAUCCGAUUGCCGAACAGCCGGGAACGGAUAUGGCUGGGAUCUUACGACACGCCGGAGAAGGCGGCGAGGGCGUUCGACGCCGCCGUAUAUUGCUUACGUGGCAGGAAGGGGAAAUUCAAUUUCCCCGACAACCCGCCGGAGAUCUCUGGCGGCGGGUCGCUCAAUCCGACGGAGAUCCAAGCAGUCGCCGCAAGAUUCGCCAACGGCGCGCCGCCAUUGCUGGAUAAGGACACGUCGUCGGGAUCCAACAGCGAGAAUCCGGCAGCGGAGCUCAAUCCGACGAGCAAUUGGUUUUUCUCCGAUUCGAUAGAGCAAACGGAAUUCGGUGGGCGUGUGUCAGAUUUGGAAGCAUUUCCGGCAUUCGACUAUUUUACGGAGGGGAUUUUUACGGCCGCGCCGCCACCGGAAAUGGAUUCUUUGGCUGAGGAAGGCGGUGGGGAUUUCUCUCAGGAUUCGUUUCUUUGGAAUUUUUGAGUAGUCGGAAAAGUGGAAUCCCGGCGUGUUUGGUGGCUGGUGGUUCUGACUCCUUCCCCGGAAAAUGACGUUCUCCGGCAGAUGGCCAAGUUUUUUUAAUUGUGCCAUCAGCUUAUGGUUUGAAAUUUGGAGUAAGAUACUGAUAUUUAGACCGUAGUUUUUAAUAUCUAUGGUCCUUUCUUCAUACUCCAGAGGCGAUUUCGAUAGGUCUUGAAUGUUAUUGUACACCUGAAAAUGAUGUAUUAUAGAAAAAAAUGUAUUUUGUUGAGAAAUAGGUUUGAUAUAAAUAUAUUGUUUUUGUAAAUUGAGAGUACUUCGAAUAUUUCAUAAUUUCAAGUCAA